GCAGUUUCCAUGGAGACCGCCUCCCACUGCCCCCCAAAUCCCAUUGUGACCAGCAUUAAGGGAUUAACUGCCCAGCAGUCCUUGCAGGAUCUUGAGUGCCAGAGUGGCAAGAGGAGCUGGCCCCAGGAUGAAGAGGCUGCCCCGUGUGCAGGGCCCUGUGGCACCGGAGGAGGAUGUCAGACGGGGGCCAGGGCUCCCCCCAGGAGCUGCCAGACACAUCUCCAUCAGAAGGUGCCAACCUCAACGCACCCAAUAGCCUGGGCGUCAGUGCCCUCUGUGCCAUCUGUGGGGACCGGGCCACGGGCAAGCACUAUGGCGCCUCAAGCUGUGAUGGCUGCAAAGGCUUCUUUCGGAGGAGUGUGAGGAAAAACCACAUGUACUCCUGCAGAUUCAGCCGGCAGUGUGUGGUGGACAAAGACAAGAGGAACCAGUGCCGCUACUGCAGGCUCAAGAAGUGCUUCCGGGCUGGCAUGAAAAAGGAAGCUGUCCAGAAUGAGCGGGACCGCAUCAGCACACGGAGGUCCAGCUACGAGGACAGCAGCCUACCCUCCAUCAACGCACUGCUGCAGGCGGAGGUCCUGUCCCAGCAGAUCACCUCCCCUGUCUCCGGAAUCAAUGGUGACAUUCGGGCCAAGAAGAUUGCCAACAUCGCAGACGUGUGUGAAUCUAUGAAGGAGCAGCUGCUGGUGCUGGUCGAGUGGGCCAAGUACAUCCCGGCUUUCUGUGAGCUCCCGUUGGAUGAUCAGGUGGCCCUGCUCAGAGCCCACGCGGGUGAGCACCUUCUGCUGGGAGCCACCAAGCGGUCCAUGGUGUUCAAGGAUGUGCUGCUCCUGGGCAAUGACUACAUCGUCCCCCGGCACUGCCCGGAACUGGCUGAGAUGAGCCGAGUGUCCAUUCGCAUCCUUGACGAGCUGGUGCUGCCCUUCCAGGAGCUGCAGAUCGAUGACAAUGAGUAUGCCUGCCUCAAAGCCAUCAUCUUCUUCGACCCAGAUGCCAAGGGGCUGAGUGACCCAGGCAAGAUCAAGCGGCUGCGCUCACAGGUCCAGGUGAGCUUGGAGGACUACAUCAACGAUCGCCAGUAUGACUCCCGCGGCCGCUUUGGGGAGCUGCUGCUGCUGCUGCCCACGUUGCAGAGCAUCACUUGGCAGAUGAUUGAGCAGAUCCAGUUCAUCAAGCUCUUUGGCAUGGCCAAGAUCGACAACCUGCUGCAGGAGAUGCUGCUGGGAGGGUCCUCCAGUGAUACCCCCCAUGCUCACCACCCGCUGCAUCCUCACCUGAUGCAGGAACACAUGGGCACCAAUGUCAUCGUUGCCAACACAAUGCCCGCUCACCUCAGCAACGGACAGAUGUGUGAGUGGCCCCAACCCAGGGGGCAGGCAGCCACUCCUGAGACUCCACAACCCUCACCACCUGGUGGAUCAGGGUCUGAGCCCUACAAGCUCCUGCCAGGAGCCAUCGCCACGAUCGUCAAGCCCCCCUCUGCCAUACCCCAGCCUACCAUCACCAAGCAGGAAGUCAUCUAGCAAGCUGCCAGGGGCCGGGGGCUCUCCUGGCUCACCCCACCCCCUUCAGAAAAUGCUUGGUGGCCACUUGGUCCCAGGCAAGAAAGGCAGGCCAAGAGGGCCAGUUCCCAGAGCAGGAAUGGAAAGGGGGAAAAGCCCAGAAACGUUGGCCAAGGGCCACAUUCCAUCGCCUGCUCUGAUUGAUGGGGUUCUGCCUCCAGGAGACACCAGCUGGAAAGCCCUCUGCCACGUUGGACCACUUUCUUCCUGUUGAAGCCACCCCUUUGAUUUUCAUCCAGCUCCCAGCUUCUUCACCCACUAAGAACAGCUGACUGGAGAUAACUAUGGGCCUUGCUUAGACGCAGCUCCCUUUCCCCCAGCUGGGACUCUGCUCUCCCAGGUGUUUAGUCACAGCCCUGUGAGGUUGGGUCAGAUCACAGCACCUUACUCCUCCCUCUUCUGCUGCCCCCACCUCCAAUGGCCCUCUCCACCCUCUUGGCCAUCCCAUCUUCUCCUGAACCACCCCUCUGGAGGCUGAGGAAAGUGUGGAAGCUGUUCCUCUGGUUAUCCCUGGAGCACUCUGUAAGCCCUGACUGGGGCUAGACUGAGGCAUGAGACUGCUAGCAGGACAGCUCCGUCUCUAGUCUCUGGUCAUGCUAUACUUCCCUUCCUCAGCCACUGGGAUGGGCACUUGGAGUGAUGGUCCCCAUGGGCUUUGAACAAUGAGUGAAUGAUCCAAGGUUAACAACUGCACCAGGACUUGGGGGAGGGUCAGAGCAGGGGACCUUGAAUGCCAUACUGAGGCCAGGAGCAUGUGGUAAGAAAUGGCCCAGGCUGUCAGAAGAUGAAAACAGCAUCUUACGAAGGGUGGAAGGUUGACAGUGAGCAGCAAGUGGGCUCAUGACAGAACAAGAGUGAAAGGGUUGAGAUGUGAAGGAGGGGGAUGGAUGCGGCUCAGGUCAGAGUGAAGUCAAUUAUUCCAGGCCAGUCUCAAGCUCUUCCUUGCUCUCAGGCAUUGUCUUAAGCAUCUGACACACAGUGUCCUGUGCAAUCCUCUCUCUUACUUAGAGAUCAUUACUGAACAUGCAACUGAGUUCUAAAAGGUUAAGGGAUUUUUCGAAUCUAAAACUCAUACAGAUCGUCAGUGACUGAGUCAGGCUGUGAACCCAGGUCUCCCUGGAUCAGAAUAGGAGACCUUAAUCACCCCCAAUGAACCCCCCCGUGUUCAGUGUGAGCCCACUGAGGACCUUCCUGGUCUGGCACCAUCCUCAGAACCUAAAGGCUCAUCUUUCUAGAAGCCCUGCCCACUCCCAGGGCUAAGAUGGACCCAAAGCUGCACUCAAGUCCACUGAGUGUCCAGAAUCCUGUUUUCUGAUAAAUAUGAUGGCAAAUUCAUGACUCUUGAGCCCUUUUCUCUCUUUACUCCUCAACUCCGGCAGAGAGGCAGUAGGGGUCUGGCUCCUGGGAGACCAACCAAUCUGGCCUGUCAGUCUCUGAAUGGAUGAAGGGCAGGCAGGGACUAUAAAGUCUUUGGAGCUUGCCCUGGACAGCAUUAUUCCAAGUACAUUCUGGAAACAUUAAACUGCAGGUCAGAGCAGCCAGCACCUCAUCCCUAUAGAAUCUUGAUGGCUUUGGGAAGAUUCUGAAAAAUGCCACUGACCAGUGGGACAAAAAGGAAUGUGUCCUAAGACUAGGAGUGAUUAAGUAGAAGAGUGAACUAUUAGACUGAUGACCUAUGCUCUGGCCCGGGAUGACCCUUCUGAGUGGAUGGGGAGCCAUACCCAGUACCCAGGUAGUCCACCGUUACUGACUGUUUCUUGUUGCAAGAGAGGCAUGGGGAAGUACUGGGGCCGUGUUUCAGAGGACUCUGCACCCCGCGGCUGACAGGAUUGGCCUCCCCACUCCAGCAAACCAGGUCUCAGGUUCCAGGAGCAACAGGUCCCUGCUCCAAGCUCUCGAGCUUUCCCCAGCUGCCCUCACUCCAGUGCUCCAGGAUUCCUAGCCAGAGAGCUCAGUCUACCCUGCAUGGGGCAGGGAAGCUGGAAUCCUUCUGGUCAUUUGUGCUCUUUCCAACCAGUCCCCCUGGCACCAGUGUCACUCAGACCUCUAUCAUGGGAGCUAAGUGGAGAAAAUUGCUCACAGAGUGGGGUAAUGGUGGACUUUAAUGGUACCAGUGUUCUGGGGCAGGGGGGUCAAUUCUCUGCCUCUAAUCCACUCUUUCUGGAGGAGAAAUCCAUGCUACUUUCAUAACUAUCCUAAUGCAAGAAACACACAAUAAAGAAAAGUUUACUUUUCUGGUUCUAAGCUGAGGAUGCUACACUGGGGUUUUUUGUUUUUUUUUUUUAACCCAAAUUGUGAUCCUUAAACAUUACAUCUGGCGUCCUAAACAAGGUUGAUGGAAGGCAAGUAUGGACACUGUAUAGUGAUUCCUUCACUGAGACAUUCUCAGAAACAUCCAGAAUCCACACACCUCUCAAGAGAAGAGAGGGCUGCAGCUGGGAGCUCCUUGGUUUCUUACAGUGACUAAGCCAACCACCUCUGCCAUGUUUUUCUGUGAUCUGCCCUAAGAUGAGUUGUGAAAUUCACAUCAAACAAUUGUGGGAGUGGACCACGUCCUUGCAUGGCCUGCAUCUUCUUGUGGGUGUGUGGAUAUCAUUAGGCCCCACACCAACUCCCCAACUCCCAUUACUGCUGCCCCAUGGGGCAAAGAAGCAAGAAACAUUUCUUACUCAUGUGUUUUAACAAAAAAACAAAAGUUUAUACUACAAUAAAAUAAAUGGUGCAUAUGUUUUCUAA